AUCGUCCACCAUUUUUUGAAUCGUGACUGUCAAAUCUACAUAUUCUCUCUCUGAAAACUCUUUUGUUUCUCUUAAAAUUCUCACAAUCCAAAAUCCCAGACACCGGUCUGGCUUUGAUCCGGGGAUUAAAUUGAAUCGUCGAUCCUUUUCUACAGUUCCUCGGGAAAAGCCUUUGCCUCUUUCUCUUUUUGCGUUUGGAUUUUGGUGUGAUUGAAUAGUGGUUUGUGUUUGGCAACCGGGAAAACAGGUGAAGCGGGAUUCCGUAAAAACGACGACGGCGCUACGGAUCUGUUGGUGGAGAGUCGGAGUAGCUCUGACUGUCUGGUAGGCCUGGAGUGCUUGCUAGACAUAGUCAGAGCCCUGGGUAUGGGUUCGUGUCUUUCGGUGGAAGGAGCAUCUGCCGGGGCCGGAGGUCUUCUUCCUUAUGGUUCGGCUUCACCAUCAUCACCCGGAGGAAGGAGUAGGGAUAGGAGAAAGAUUCGAAGGACAAUUUCUUCUAAUUCGUCUUCUUCAGCAUCACCUUCUUCUCCCUAUUCCACAAUCGAUUCACAUAUAGAGAAACGGCUUCACCGUGUUCCUGGUCGGAUUUGCUUGAAUGGCUGCUCUGAUGUCACCUCGCUUUUCACAAAGCAAGGGCAAAAGGGGGUCAACCAGGAUGCUAUGAUCGUUUGGGAGAACUACCAUGGGAGAACGCUUCAAGGCGCCUUGGCUUGUUUUGCUGAGCCCAAAUCAAUGCUGAUCGAUCCAUUGCAAAAAUAUCCCAGUCAAAGGAAAAGCAACAAAAGAAGUUGAGUUGAUUGCGGAAACAAGAACAAGAGUCUGAAACUUAAGAGCUUGCAGUAUGGCAUUUGUAUUGUAUGUGCCGUUUUGUACAGGAUCAUUAAAGAAAAAAAUGCAAGUGCAACAAUGUUGUCUCUGCCAACAAAACUCAUGGCUAAUGGAUUAUAGGUAUACAUAUUUACUAUAUUUGUGUAAUUAAUUAUUAUGCUAUGUAUGUAUAAAACUCUUGAUAGCUC